UCUACCUCUACCUCUACCUCUCCGCAGUCGACAGUGGCCACUCCCCCCCCUCUGGUGAGGGGCAGCAUGACGUCUGGCAACAGACCUCUCCAGGUGUCGUCAGGGCGUGUCUCCGGCACCGUCAUCCCUCCCCCGCUGGUGAGGGGGGGCCAGCAUAUACCGUCCAAACAGAACUCCCAGAUAUCCAUGCCCCCCCUGGUCAGAGGGGCACAGCAGAUGCAGCCCCUGCACCACCAGCAGCACCACCACCAGCAGCAGCAGCACUUGGGCUCCGGGCCCCCGCCUCUGCUGCUGGCCCCCAGGGCCACGGUGCCCAACGUCCAGGUGCAGGGCCAGAGGAUCAUCCAGCAGGGCCUCAUCCGCGUGGCCAACGUGCCCAACACCAACGUCAUGGUCAACAUCCCCCAGGCCUCCCCGACCAACCUGAAGGCCUCGUCCCAGUCCAACAGCAAGGAGUCGACGGCCAGCCGGCAGGCGGCAGCCAAGCUGGCGCUGUGCAAGCAGCUGGAGAAGACCCUGCUGGAGAUCCCCCCGCCCAAGCCCCCCGCCCCCGAGCUCAACUUCCUGCCCUCAGCAGCCAACAACGAGUUCAUCUACCUGGUGGGGCUGGAGGAUGUGGUGCAGAACCUGCUGGACACGCUGGGCCGAGGCAAGCAGCUGGGAGUGUCCUCCCCCAGCCCCUCCCCCAAAGACCCCUUCAGCUGCUCCCAGUGCAAGACGGACUUCACCUCCCGCUGGAGGAAGGAGAAGGCCGGGGGCGUCAUGUGCGACCAGUGCAUGUCCUCCAACCAGAAGAAGUCCCUGAAGGCCGAGCACACCAAUCGCCUGAAGGCGGCGUUCGUCAAGGCGCUGCAGCAGGAGCAGGAGAUCGAGCAGCGCAUCCUCCAGCAGGCCGCCGCCUCGGCCGUCGCCAAGACGACGGCGUCCCCGGCGCUCAUGAAGAGCGAGCAGCAGGUGUUCGUGUCCCAUCAGUACAAGCAGGGCCGCGCCCAGCUGCAGCAGACGCAGCAUAGAGCCAGCCAGCCAAUGGCCAGGCACCACUCCACCAUCAAGCAGAGCCCUGGGCAGUUGUCCCGUAGUGUCCAGUCGGCCAUGGGGUCACGCGGGGUCACCCACACGUUCUCCACGUCCUCCCAGCUGCAGAACGCCGUGACGACGGCGGCGGCGUCGCUGGUCAGCAGGCCAGGUAAGCAUGCGGUGCGCCCGGCGCAGGGGGCAAAGGUCAGCAGCGGCGUCGCCCCGGCCAGCACCUGGAGGAAGCAGACCAGCGGGACCACAGGCGUGACCAUGGCCUACGUCAACCCCAGCCUGUCUGUCCACAAGAGCAGCUCCUCGGCCGUGGAGCGCCAGAGGGAAUACCUGCUGGACAUGAUCCCCUCCAGGCCCCUCUCCCAGACAGCCAACACAUGGAAAUAGUCAGCCUCCAGACCCCAGCCUCCAGACCCCAGCCUCCAGACCCCAGCCUCCAGACCCCAGCCUCCACCCCCCCCCCCCAGCAACCCAGAGGCUGAUUCAGCUGGAUAUCGUCCAUCAGCCUCCACACAACAGACUGAACAUCUGCGCUGGACGAAAAACAACAACAACAACCUGGGGAUUAUUUGAUAUCAACCAAUGAGAGAGCACCACCACUUCACCAUCUUCCUGUUUUCUGUGUUGUGGAGCAGGGUGGUAUUGGACGUCAUACAGGGGGGGGGGGGGGGCUGGGGGGGAGAAGGAGGCUCACCCUUUUCACCUCCCCACCCCUCCCAUCCCGCCUCUGUCAGUUAAGAUCUUUUACGGUUUUGGGAAGAAGUGAUCUCACACUGUCACUCCCAAACCAAGCCCCGCCCCCCGCCGGCCUCCCUCUGAUUGGCUGGGCUGGCUUCCCCUGGUGACUGCACUGUUAACAUGAUACACUGUGGAUGAUGCCUUACUCGACACACACACCGACACACACACACACGAGCGAGGCGAGACCAGACCAGCACCUCAGCAGUGACAGCACUGAGGAGCAUCAUGGCAGGGAUUGUGGUCGAGCUCAGAGGACCACAAACUUUCAUACAAAAAUGAUAAGCUUCAGCGUUGCAAAAAAGUAUAUACAAAAAAAAGAUUAAAAAAAAGACAAGAAAAAGAAAAAAA